CGCGGCGACAGUUUCGCCGCGGCGAACGUCACAUUCGAUAAGCCGACCGCCUGCUCACUCGUGACGUCAGCGCGCACUACCAGCGCGCGCUCUCGAACGCUUCACAUCGCACGAGAGAUUGCGCCCGGCGAGUGUAGAACGACUCGGGUGUGUCGUAAUCGAGUGCAGUGGCCGUCGCUCGGUUCUGGGCACUGGCCACGGUUGGCUCCGGUCGCUUUGUGUAAAGGAAAUGAGAGAAAAAAGUGAGAAAUGUUAUAUUUUAAUGAAUAAAUUGUGCUACAACUGACAUAGUUGGGAAGCAACAUUUGGGUGAUAUCAUAAACCGACGGUUUUUGUUUCUGCGUUUGUAUGUCAGUCAUCAAGCACCGCCAGAGGGGCGUCAAAUCAACAUGGCGCCCUAUUUUGAAAAUGGGUAGAGCUGAGCAAACACGAAAGGAACCGGCGUAGCGCGUGUGCGAGUUUUAUUGUGGCUGUUUCAUUUUGAGAAUGGGUGUGUGCAAUGUUUUCGCGCACCGCCAAGGUCAUGCAAAGAAUGGCAAAGCUUCAGCGGAGCCCUCGAAGAAGACGCGCGGGACCCCGCUGUAUAGUCGUCUGCUGGCCUUCUGCUACCGUCCGAAAAUUUGGUAAGUGUGCGUUGCAAGCGUUGAGUUGUGAACAGACGGCAGUGUUCAAGAGCGUUGGUUUUCUACGAAAUUGCAGGUUUCAAAAGAAGAAAUAGCAGGAGGCUAAUUAUUUGUUGGAAAUAAAGGCUGCCAUCCCAGAAAAUGUGUUCAUUUACUUGGCGGUCUUGCUCGCGCAGACGGCCAGUUUGCCUGUGUUUGUACAUGAGCGAAGACCAUCACAGCCAUGCCUGCGCGUCAAAUUACCAUUCGGCAGGAGGAAAUUAUAGUAAAUUUUAUGGAAAGUAACCCCCGGCUUGCUAGUAGGUCGGGGGAAUUCGGUGGGGAAUUUACGGCCGCAAAAAGGCAGGAUUUGUGGAAGCAACUGGCGGCGCUUCUCAACGCAGAAGGGCCGCCAGUUAAGACAGAGCGAGAAUGGAGGCUGUGGUGGUGCAAGUUUCUGUACAGAUGCAGGCGUGACGCGGCGAAUGUUUCGGCCGAGCAAAGGUGAGUGAAAAGUAGGCUUUAAUGAAUGCGGUUCGUAUUCUUACGAACGCACUGUUUCCUUGCAGGGCAACAGGCGGCGGCCGACUGGGCGGCAUUCGGGGCCGCGCCCUUCAACUUGUCGGGAGCGGUGCCACCAGAGGCCUUGGAGAGCCCUUCUUCAUGUCUACCAGCAGCUCGGAGGCCAGCCAAACACCACCCGUGGCGCCAGGGAGCACUGCUGAAGAGCCGCAGCCGGGCCCCAGUGGGGCUACAGGGAGGCGUGCCUCUUCAAGACCCUCCCGGCCACGAAGGUCGAGGCCCAGCGAGGCUGGCGCACGGAGCAGGCCGCCGCGCUCCGAGGGGGAGCUGCUCGAGCAGGCAGUGCUGGAUGGUGCGCGGACUGUGCAUGCUGCGCAGAGCCAAGCCACCAUCCAGCGCGAGUUGCUUGCAGAGUCGAGAAAGCAAACCGCCGCGAUGGAGCGCAUCGCGGACUCGCUCGACAGACUGGGAAACGUCCUGGGGCGGCAGGAGACUCAGCUGCAACUGCUCCAGGAGCAGCUCGCCCCAGUGACCACGCUCGCUGCGGCACUGACGGCUUUCCUGCGCCAGCAGAACCUGCCGCAGGGGAACCAGCCGCAGCAGCCCCAGUAAUUUUUUUUUCCGUUGAUUCCUCCUGCGUCAGCAGGACCUGACGCAGGAGGCCAUUUAUUUGUUAUUUCUUUGCUUUAUUUAUUCAUUUGCCAUUUCUGUGCCAAUUCUUGUAAACAAUGUAUCGAAGCGCUUUGUUGUAUAUUUAUUGACUGCUUGUAUUGCUUGUAUUGAUUGCUUGUAUUUAUUGAUUGAUUUUUGUAUUCGUUUCACGUUACUAGUUCCUUGUUCCUUGCUUGCGUGUUCGUUUGUCCAUGUACCACAUCGAACAGGCCUGUACUGUUUGUAUUGUUGGAAACAGACGUUAGUGUUGGUUCUUUACUAUGAAGUGCUUGGAUGAGCGUUUUCGCUGCAAAACAGCAGUGUGUGUACACAGCAGUGCAACAUAUAAAACCGAUGAUGCCCUGACCAAAGACAAAUGCACUUGUCGAAAUGUUGGCUUCCGCUUUCAACGUAUGUGUACUGGAAAAAGGCGUGGCCACUUGCCAAAAUGUUGCCUCCUGUGCUCACCUUGU